GCAGCCGUGGCUAGAGCAGCAAACAGCAACAGCGAGCGGGACGGAGUUAGGACCGCUCGGAGCGCCCAGGUCUCGAGGGUGUUGGUGCCAGAAGAAAAGGAUGAUUGAUGGGAAACAGACACCGGAUGAUAGACGCACAUCCUUUUGCUUCCGAUACUGAUAUCUCAGCGGCGCCUGGGCAGCCCUUGUGAACCGUGAGCAUUGAGGAUCACUCAGGGUUAUCGGAUGUACAAUGGGAGAGCCAUCACUUUGCUAAAUUAUUAUCUGCUAUUGGACAUCUUUUACAAAAACCAAACUUGAUAUGUUCUAGGACGACGAAAAUGCUCCAAGUUGCUGUUAAUGCCUAACACACAAGUAUGUUAGGCUUCCACCAAAGUCCUCAAUAUACCUGAACACGCACAGUAUCUUAAUCCUUCACAUCUGAUUUUGGAUUCUGCUUUUGAGGUCUGAUCCUCUUUAUUCUUUUCUUUCUUUUUAAAAAUAUACAGACCUAUCUACAUAAAGACAUAUAUAUAUAUAUACACACACAAAUAUACAUAUAUAUAUAAACAAAUGUAUAUGUAAAAUAGACAAAGAUUACAGAUAAAUCACGAAGAUUGCAAAGAAUUUAGAAAUGUAUUUGUCAAGAUUCCUGUCCAUUCAUGCCCUUUGGGUUACAGUGUCUUCAGUGAUGCAGCCCUACCCUUUGGUGUGGGGACAUUAUGAUGUGUGUAAGACUCAGAUUUACACAGAAGAAGGUAAAGUUUGGGAUUACAUGGCCUGUCAGCCAGAAUCCACGGACAUGACAAAAUACCUGAAAGUGAAACUGGAUCCUCCGGAUAUUACCUGUGGAGACCCUCCUGAGUCCUUCUGUGCAAUGGGCAAUCCCUACAUGUGCAAUAAUGAGUGCGAUGCAAGCACCCCUGAGCUGGCACACCCUCCUGAGCUGAUGUUUGACUUUGAAGGAAGACACCCCUCCACAUUUUGGCAGUCUGCUACUUGGAAAGAGUACCCCAAGCCUCUCCAAGUUAACAUCACUCUGUCUUGGAGUAAAACCAUUGAGCUCACAGACAACAUAGUUAUUACCUUUGAAUCGGGGCGUCCAGAUCAAAUGAUCCUGGAGAAAUCUCUCGACUAUGGACGAACAUGGCAACCCUAUCAGUAUUAUGCCACAGACUGCUUGGAUGCUUUUCACAUGGACCCCAAAUCUGUGAAGGAUUUAUCACAACACACCGUCUUGGAAAUCAUUUGCACAGAAGAGUACUCCACGGGGUAUACAACGAAUAGCAAAAUAAUCCACUUCGAAAUCAAAGACAGGUUUGCAUUUUUUGCUGGACCUCGGCUACGGAAUAUGGCUUCCCUCUACGGACAGCUGGAUACCACCAAGAAACUCAGAGAUUUCUUCACAGUCACAGACCUGAGGAUAAGGCUGCUGAGACCAGCUGUUGGGGAAAUAUUUGUAGAUGAGCUACACCUGGCACGCUACUUUUAUGCCAUCUCAGACAUAAAGGUGCGAGGAAGGUGCAAGUGUAAUCUCCAUGCCACUGUGUGUGUGUAUGACAACAGCAAACUGACAUGUGAAUGUGAGCACAACACUACAGGUCCAGACUGUGGGAAAUGCAAGAAGAAUUAUCAGGGCCGACCUUGGAGUCCAGGCUCGUAUCUCCCCAUCCCCAAAGGCACUGCAAAUACCUGUAUUCCCAGUAUUUCCAGUAUUGGUACGAAUGUCUGCGACAACGAGCUCCUGCACUGCCAGAACGGGGGGACGUGCCACAACAACGUGCGCUGCCUGUGCCCGGCUGCAUACACUGGCAUCCUCUGCGAGAAGCUGCGGUGUGAAGAGGCGGGCAGCUGCGGCUCCGACUCCAGCCAGGGGGCGCCCCCGCAGGGUUCCCUAGCGCUGCUGCUGCUACUGCUGCUGACCACGCUGCUGGGAACAGCCAGCCCCCUGCUGUUCUAGAUGUCGCAUCCAGCCAUCGGACAGGCCUGUGCCCUGGGGAAGCAAACACAACCCAAGCAUUUGCUACUAACAUAGGAAACAUAAACACACCCCCCACUCAAAACACAGCGUACAAACUAAGAAGGCCUAACUGAACUAAGCCAUAUUUCUCAGACGUGGACAGCACAUCGGAGUCAAGACUGUUAAUUUCUGACUCCAGAGGAGUUGGCAGCUGUUGAUAUUAUCACUGCAAAUCACAUCGCCAGCUGCAAAGCUUACUGCGGAUUGGAAAGGCUGUGACAGCCCCCCGCCCCCAAACAGGAAAGACAAAAAAAAAAAAAAAAAUUGCUACUCUAACUUGGUGCGCCCUCGUACCGCUCUGCCCGGUGUGUGGACCAACCAAAUAGAAGCAUUCUUUGCUGUCAGGUGCAUUGUGGGUAUAAGGAAAUCUGUUACAAGCUGCCAUAUUGGCCUGCUUCAGUCCCUGAAUCCCUUCCAACCUGUGCUUUAGUGAACGUUGCUCUGUAACCCUUGUUGGUUGAAAGAUUUCUUUGUCUGAUGUUAGUGACGCACACGUGUAACAGCCCCCUCCAGAAGCGCAAGCCAGUCAUACCCCUGUAUAUCUUAGCAGCACUGAGUCACCCAGUGCGAGCUCAUACCCACUACACAAGAGUGGCUAUAGGAGAAAAGAAAGUGUAUCUAUCCUUUUGUAUUCAAAUGAAGUUAUUUUUCUUGAAAUACUGUAAUAUGUAGAUUUUUUGUAUUAUUGCCGAUUUGUGUUACCAGACAAUCUGUUAAUGUAUCUGAUUCGAAUCAGCAAAGACUGACAUUUUAUUUUGUCCUCUUUCGUUCUGUUUUGUUUCAUUGUGCAGAGAUUUCUCUGUAAGGGCAACGAACGUGCUGGCAUCAAAGAAUAUCCGUUUACAUAUAUAACAAGUGUAAUAAGAUUCCACCAAAGGACAUUCUAAAUGUUUUCUUGUUGCUUUAACACUGGAAGAUUUAAAGAAUAAAAAUUCCUGCAUAAACAA